CAACGACUCAGGAAAUUUCUUUAGGGGUGUCAUGAGUGCCAUAAAGACAGAGUUGAGUGGACCAUCUGAUAGUUUUAAUGAGCAGAAUGAAUCCUUGAACGUUAACAAUAAUAAUGUUAAAGACAGUCCAAAAAAUGGCAUACAAACCCCUAAUGACUCUAUUCAACGAAAACGCUUUAAGACAGAAGUAGAGCGCGAAGAUUUAGAAAAUCUUACUCUUUCAAAGACGAGUGCUUUUGACCUCCAGGCUGUAGAGCUAGUGAGAGAAAUUUCUGUUAGCAAUAAGCAUUUGAAGGUGUCUCUUUCUCUUGUUGAAAGGAUAAAGAAAGUAUUAAAAGGUAUUCCAGAAUCUGAGGAAUGUAAUUUCUGGCUAGCAUGCAAAGAGUUAGAGAAGUCUGGCAGUGUUAAAAUACCUCUACACAAGCCCUUUCCCCCUGAAGAUACAAACAUUAAAGUUAAGUCUUCGAGUCCAUUAUCGGUUUCUGCUGGUAUUCUAUCCAGCAGUGGAAAGCUCUUUUCUACUCCAGAUGGUUGGGUGUAUGAUCUACUUGCUGAAAUGCCUCCUACACUUUUCACACCUAAAGAUUUUUUAAAUAAUCGUUAUUUCCAUAAGCGUGAAUAUUAUCUAGCAUGCUUAGCUAAAGAGGUAGUUCAAAAACUUGGCACUGACGUUGAGGUCAAGUACAUUGCUCUACAUGGGGACGUGCGCCGACCUAUUUUACAGUUGAAGCCAGUAACCGAAGAUCCUUCGUCGCGUAAAAGAUUUUCAAUACAUAUAAUACCUUGUCUUACUUCCUUCUUUCCUACAUCUAAGUUGUUGGGCCAUAAAAACAGUCUUAGAAAUCUUUCGGCUGGUGAGGAACUGCUUCCUACUCCAUUCUACAAUUCCUCUAUUUUGGAGGAUCAAUCUAUGUUAUACUAUCGGGAUUUGAUUAAAAAAUACAGUGUGAAUCCUCAAUUUGUUGAGGCUUGCGGAUUAGGUAGCGUCUGGUUAAAUAUGAGAGGCUUCUGCUCAAGCAUACAUCAGUAUGGCUUUGGCCUUCAAGAAUGGUAUGUUUUGCUUGCUCUUCUUAUGAGCGCAUCCGGACUUCCCACAGGCAGCGUUUUGUCUGCGUACUUGAAUGCUACUCAAUUAUUUAAGGGUGUUUUGCAGGUUUUGUCCUCUGAUAGUCUUUCGAAUUCAUUAUAUAGAGUAAAUUAUGACACAUCGUCUUUGGCCAUUGUUGAUCGUUCUUCACCUACGUUUGUCGAUUGCUCUACUGGUUCAAAUUUACUCUAUAAAAUGAAUCAAAAAUAUUUUGAAUAUUUAAAGGUCUCUUCUUUGCAUUCAUUGAAACUUUUGAAUGAGAACGAAAUUGCCAAUUUUCCUAAGGUUUUCCUCACCCGAGUGAAUGUUCCUAUUCUCGAGUUUGAUGUUUCUGGUACCAUUCCUGUGGAUUUAGAAGCAAGUCUUGAGAAUUAUGUCGAAUUGACGGAUUUGGAUUCUAAAUUUUCAUAUUAUUUGGCACGACUUUGGAAUUUACUGGACCAAGGUUUGAACGAUCGUGCAAAUAGGCUUCUUCUGUUUCAAUCAGACGUUAUUUCAUCCGGAGUAAACGAUUCGUUAGAAAACAAUUAUCCAAGUAAAAUUUCAUUUGGACUUUUACUAAAUCCAGAAGUUUCCUUGCGAUUGGUUGAUGUCGGUCCAUCUCUAGAAGACGUUGAAGCCACCGCAAAAUUUCGUGAAUUCUGGGGAGAAAAAUCCGAAUUAAGAAAAUUUAAGGAUGGUAGAAUUGCUGAAAGUGUAUACUGGGAGUCCUCAACACCUAGUGAGCGUUCACAAAUUCCUAUGAGAAUUAUGAAAUAUGUUAUAAGCCAUCACAUUUCAAACAAAUGUGGUGAUUUGCUGAAGUUUCAUAACGAAGAAUUUCAGCUAUUUACCCAUGCUAAAUUAUCACCGAACGUUGACACAUACAAUGAUUAUGUACCGGUAAUGGAAGCUUAUAAUGAAGCAGUUAAAACACUUCUUAAUUUAUCGGAUAUUCCACUUACUAUAUCAGAGGUCCUACCAGCGGACGAAGCAUUGAGGUAUAGUUGUAGUCGUGUUCCUGCUUAUGAAACUUUUGCGACUACGCCUAUAGACAUAGUUUUCCAGUUCGAAUCUUCUUCUCGUUGGCCAGAUGAGUUAGAGGGCAUUCAAAGAACGAAGAUUGCAUUUUUGCUAAAGAUAGCUGAAUAUAUGGAAGAAUUGGACAAUGUUGAAAAGGCAGCCGUGGGACUUGAGAAUACGGAUCAUCCUACUUACAAUUGUUGUUUUCUACAAGUGUUAUAUUCCAGCGGAUUCACAUUUCGUUACAGAAUACGAAACGAUAAAGAAGCAGCCUUAUGGAAAUCACUUGAAAGGAACUCUAUAACAAAACAGAAAGGACAAGAAGGUUUGUACGUAUACGACCAUAUGUUCAAAUUCAUACCUCAGCAUACCCUUGCUAUUCAAGCAAUCUGUCAAACACACAGGAGUUAUUCCAUGGCUGUUCGCCUUGCUAAGCAUUGGUUUUACAGCCAUUUGCUUACCAAUCACGUAAGCGAUGAAGUGAUAGAGCUUUUAAUAGCUAGUGUCUACGUAAACUCUAAUGCUUGGCAAGUCACUGCUAGUGGAGAAACAGCUUUAUGCAGAAUGCUACAUUUCUUGGCCAACUGGGAUUGGCGUUUUGAGCCACUGGUGAUUGAUUUUCGUCAAAGGUUACCAUCAAACAUACAGUCGCAAGCAACUGAAAAAUUAGAAGUAUUGCGAAAGCAGGAUGUUUCAAUGAGUCGUAAUCCAUUUUAUAUCGUCGUGGAUUAUGAUUUAGAAAGUAAACACCUUGGGUGGAAAACGCCAACUAAAAUGAUUGCUAAUCGAAUUACUGUAUUAGCUAGGGCGGCUGUAUCGGAAUUGAUGAAACCAAUGGCAAAUUUUAAGUCUCUGUUCAAAAGCUCAAUGGAUGCAUAUCAUUUCGUGAUAGAAUUACAUGCAAGUCAUAUUCCUACGUACCGUGAAAAUGCCAAACUUAAGUACAAGAACCUGAAAGUUCUAUCUUCCGAGAGACCUGGAUUUUCACCUGUUAGUGAUUUCAUUGGGGAAAUAGAAAACGCUUUCAGUGAUACAAUUUAUCUGUUUUACAACAAAGAUGACCCCAAAACAAUUGGUGGUAUCUUCAAUCCUGCCGUUCUGAAUUCGCGUCAUUUUAAAAUUAAUACAAAUUAUCCUUUCAAGGUCGUUGAAAAUGAUUUAGUGGUUGUGGACGCAGUCGCCGUGUGUCAACAGAUUCAACAGGUGGGAGGUGACUUGAUUAAAUCUCUUCGUUUGCAAAUUUAAUAGAGCAUAAACGGAAUAAUGGCUGAAAGAUUUCAAUUUUCUAAAUGGUUAUAAUCUGAAAAUUGAUUUUUGUAAAAAGAAAAAGGAAAAGGAAAAAGCCCCAAGCAACGAAACAAAAGGGGUUCUUUUUGGUUAAAUUCUUACUAUUUGGUGUUAAAUAUGGAUAAAAAGUUUUGGGACUGGUUUAGAUUAAGGUUAAUUUUAUUUUUAGUAUACUCAAAUUUAUGACUUGCCUAUUAUGUAAAAUUAGGAAGAAAUUUGGAGGUUUGAAAUAUAUGAGAUGGUCACUUAACGUAAGCAAGUAACUCUUCAGAUACAUGCACACACAAUAUACCAGGAAGAAAG